AUGAGACUCUCUAUCUUCUCCGUCCUUUCUCUCGCUGGCGCCGGCAUGGUGUCCGCCCUCCCUCAGGAGUCCAGCCUCUCCGUGAAGCGCUCUGAUACUUCUGAAUGUGUCGGUCCCCUCCUCUGCUGUGGAACUCUCACCACUCCUCUCGACCCCCUUGUCGACCCCCUCUUGUUGACUCUUGGCAUUGAUGCUGCCAACAUCGUUGGAUCCAUUGGUCUUCUCUGCCACGGGUACGAGGCAUCCAGCUGUGAUACCAAGCCCCAGUGCUGCACCGAGGCUAACCUCCUGGGUGGCACCCUCGCCCUCGGAUGUGCGGAUCUGAAGGAAUAG